AGCUGGGACCCUGUGUUAAAAUUUCUUCAAUGAGGUGACUGAUCCUACAUACUGUACACCGCGGCAUGUGUGUGUGUGUGUGUGUGUGUGUGUGCCAGUUGCUUGUGGAUGAAGUCAAGCUGAAAACCAGAGGCAGAGGAGUGAAGCGCACUCGGGUGGGCUCAACUUCAAAACCUUUUGCAGACCACGACCAUGCAUGCAGGAGGUCUGUGCUGCAGCGCUCGGCUGCAAUGAUCCGAUUUGACACAGAAGAGAAGAAGGUUACAGCUGGGGCGUGGUUUGGUAUCACACAGAAUUAUCUCCUAACAAACUCCAACUAACGCAAAGAAGACGUGUUUGGCAGCUGCAACAUUAAAAUGGACCAAAAAUGGAUUCUGGCUCUGGGGAUUCUGGUGUUUUAUCAAAAGGUUACAUGUGGGGAAUGUACAGUCAAGACACCAUCUGUGGGAGAAGAAGUUGACAUCAAAUGCAACCCCAGGAACAAGGGCAGCAUGGUCAUCUGGUUUCGGGUCCUGGAUAAAACUGGGAUGCAGUUCAUCGCGUCUUUCACCAACAAUGGCAUCUUAAAAACACCCAGGCCUUUACCUUCCACCUUCAAAUCAAAGAUGGAAUCAAACAUCCUAACGCUGAUCAGAUUCACAGAUGAAGACUCUGGUGUUUACAGUUGUGCGUCUCUGAUCGGAGGGAACGAACUGCAAUUUGGCGAAAUAACCCGGCUGAAUCCAAACAAAGCUCCAGUACAAAAGCCAGCGGUCGUCACCACCGAGCCAAACCAAGUCAUCCAAACUACCACAGCGUGCACCUGCACCAGGCCACGAGAUGGAAACCCCUCCAUGUCGUGUCCUCUGAUCAUUCUGGCUCCACUGGCCGGAGGUUGUGGCCUUCUUCUUCUGGUCCUCAUCGUCACCACUCUGUACUGCAACAAAAUAAGAACCCGGAGAUGUCCACACCAUCACAAAAGAAAACCACGGAUGAUGGAACCUGGAAAACAAAUGAGGCCCAACAGUCAUAUUUGAUCAGAUGUGUAUGCGGAUCUGUCUGCGUCUGGUAUUUCUGUAUUCUUACAUUUUUCUUAAAUGAUUUGUUUUUCAUCUUCUAUAGUGCUGUAAACUGUGAUGAAUAAUCAUCUCCUUGUUCACUGUGUGUAUACAUUUUAGAAGAUAAAAAGAAUUUUAAAAGUUUCAAAAUCUUAAACGCAUCAUAUUUUGUUGUGAAUGGAAAACACAUGCUAUAACAAUGAUAAUAACGUAAAAAAUACCAUCUAUUUAUGUUAAUUUCACUGAUGAAACAUAAAUAUGAAUAUAAAAUGUUAAAAUAAAGUCUUCCAGUCUGCACAUUUUAGGGUUUAUUCCAUAUUUCACCCUAUAUUUUUACGGCCUUAAUUUGACCUGUCAUUUGGAAAUAAUAAUAGAAAUAAUAUAUAUAUAUUUUUUUUUUAAAUUAUUUUGCUGUUUGUUUGUUUUUGUUUUGUAAAAAUACAGCUUAUGAGAAGAAAAAAGCCAGACUGGUGUAAUUUUAGAUUACUGCCUUUUGCUGUUAUUUCUAAAAAUGGAGCAUUUUUGAUUAUGCACAUUUCUUUUUUUUUUUUUUUUUAUGUACAUUUAUAUGGCAUCAAACUACUGAGAAAAAAAAAGAUCUUUCUGUUUACAAAAAUGUACAGCUUUUUUAUCCAGUUGUCACUUUUUUUUUCACUUUAAAUAUUGUAAAAUAAAGUAAAUAAAACCUAAUACAAAACAAGCCCUUCUUUUUGCCUCCAAUGUAUUAUGUAAUAAAUUUAAAUAAAUAAUUCAUUUCUAUUUGAUCCACUCUGCUCAGUUUGAAAUGAAGUUUAGCCAUAGAUGUAGAAACUAGGUUUGUUUGUUUUGAGCCCCCGAAUCAAAAGGAAGUGGGCUGUAAUUACAGCCUGUGAAAAGCAAGUCAGUCAAAUAAGUGUGUGCAGAGCUGCAUCUGUUUACACCUGGCAUUAAAAUGUGUCUCGACAUCAUUCUUUGGUGACAGUUUGUGAUGAGAUCUUGCUUCUGUACUUUACAUGCAAAAUAAAUAAG